AUGGCUCGAAAAAGUCAUAACAAGACGAGGAAAAGAAGCUCCAAUAAAGUUUUGAAUGCUCUUCAAAUUGCUGAAAGACAGGAGAACUUAUCAGGCUCAGAUGAAGGUAAUGAGUCUGAUGAAAUGAAUUACCAUGAUGGUAUAAUGGAUGCAAGAAAGCUUCUAAACGAAGAUAAAGAUAGUGAUGAAGAACUUGAGGAUGAAGAGUUGGAUUCAGAUGGGGCUCUUGGUUCUGAUGAUGACUAUGAUAUCUUAAAUUCAAAAUUUUCUCAAACUAUCAGAGACAAAAAGAAGAGACAAAUUUUGAAGAGUAAGAAAGGAUAUUCAGGUGAUCUAGAAUCUAGUGAUGAUGAAGCGGGAUAUUCAAGCAUUGAUGAAAAUCAGUUGGUGACAUUGUCGGAAGUAUGGGAUUUGGAUGACAAGGAUCUUGAAGACUCCUCGGAAGAUAAUGGCAAAGAUAUAAAGUUAACGGAUAAUUUAGGGAUUGUAUCGCUGGAUGAUGAAGAGGGCUCGACUACUGAAUCUCUGGAGGCUUCUGAUAAGGAGGAAGAUAUAUUUGGAAGUUCUGAAGACAACGAAAAUGAUGUCGACUUAAGCAAUACCUUGUCUUAUGUACAAUCAAGUUUGAAGAAACCUUCCAAAGAAAUGAAAAGACUAGUUAACGAAACCACAGCAGAGAAUGAAUACAGUUUACCCACACGGGGUGAGAAGCUAUCAGUGAAUGACAUGUUAUCCGCAGCUGAUGAUGCGGUAUCCAAGGACUCGAUUUUAUUAACUUCACAUCCUGAAAAUGGCAAAUCCAAAGCACUUGCUACUCCAUUACCGAAAAGAAUUCAAGAAAGACAUGAUAGAAAAGAAGCUUAUGAGUUAGCAAAAUCUGAAAUAAGCAAAUGGGAUGAAACAGUUCAAGCAAAUAGAAGAGCUGAAGUUUUAAAGUUCCCCAUGAACCCGACUCCUCAACAUGGUGACGCUGCACUAACUUUCAGGUCUAACAAUGAUGCCACGACCCAAUUAGAAAAGAAGAUCCAUGAGGUCUUGAAAGAUUCGGCCCUUGUAGAUGAUAGCAAAGAAGCUACUUUUGAAGAAAUAGCUAUUGCAAAAAUGACACCUGAUGAAAUUAAAAAACGUACUCAUGAAUUAAGGUUAAUGAGGGAGUUGAUGUUUCGGGAUGAGAAAAGAGCUAAAAGAAUUAAGAAAAUUAAAUCAAAGCAGUAUCAUAAAAUUAAGAAAAAGGAGAGGUUAAGAAAUCAAGAGUUAGUUGAAGGGGAUGAAAGUGAUCCCGAAGAUCAUGAUAUGAAAAGAGCUCAGGAGAGAAUGGCAUUGCGCCACAAGACACAGAGUCAAUGGGCGAAGUCAAUGAUAAAAAGCGGGUUGUCAAAAGAUGUUGCCAACAGGUCUGAUCUUGAAGAAAUGUUGAGAAAUGGUGAAAGACUCAGAGCAAAACAGUUAGGCUACACGGAAGGUGAGCAAAGUGAUGAGGAUAUAUCGGACGUCGAGAACGAGAUUUUUAAGGAUGAUAGUAAGACAGAUGAAAUAGAGAGCAAAAAGUUGGGGAGAGGAGUCUUAGCGAUGGAUUUUAUGAAGAAUGCUGCUGAAAAUAAUAGGCGAGACAAUUUGAACGAAAUUGAAAAAUUUAAACGUUCUAAUGAUGAAAACGGGCUUAAAGAAGUUCCAAAUUCAGUAAACGUUAUAAGAAAUCAAGGGAGAAGGGUUUAUGAGCCCAUCGCAUCAUCCAUGAAAGAUGACAUGAUAAAUGUAAAUAAUGAGAUUUCAGAGGAAAUUAAAAUUGACGAAUCCAAGAAUCUUGACCAUAAAUUGGCCCUGAAAUUCAAAAGUUCAGAAGUUACUAAGGAACAAGAUGUAAGGUUUCAACAAAAGCCACAUGUUCAAGUUGAGGAGAAAGUUGACGAGGUUGAACACACUGAACAACAUAAUCCUUGGUUAACAGAAAGUGAUCUUAAUACCCAAAAAUCCAGUAAAGUUUCUAUAGUUGACAAAUCGUCUUCUAAGUUGUCAAAAUCUGCAGCAAAAAUUGCUAAAGCUUUAAAGAAGUCUGCACCCAAGCAAAAGGAAAUUUCAAUAGACAUGAAUGAAACUUUGAAAGUGAUAGAUCAAUAUGGGAGUGAAUCUGAAAAUGAAGACUCGUCUAACGUCGUGCAGUUUAAACAGAAGGACUUGAUCAAAGAAGCAUUUGCAGGGGAUGACGUUAUUCAAGAAUUCGAAAGAGAGAAAAAAAGGACUAUCCGAGAAGAGGACAAUAGAGAGGAAGAUCUUACUUUGCCAGGUUGGGGUGACUGGCAUGGCUCUGGCAAGCAAAAAAAGAGAAAGGUGGUUCGAAAAAUAAAUGGUGUAGUCGAAAAAGAUAAAAGAAGAGACAAGAACUUGAAGGGUGUAAUAAUUAACGAAAAAGUUAAUAAGAAAAACUUGAAAUAUCAAUCUAGUGCCGUUCCAUUUCCCUUCGAACAUAAAGAACAAUUCGAGAGAUCUUUAAGAAUGCCAAUUGGUCAAGAAUGGACUUCAAGAGAGAGCCACCAAAAGUUAACAAUGCCUAGAGUAAUCACCAAGCAAGGUACUGUAAUAAAUCCACUUAAAGCUCCUUUCAAAUGA